AUGCAGUCACAGAACUGUAGCUAUGAUCUAGGGCCCACGCCCAGGCGACGUCGCCCAGCUGAGACGACUGAACCAAGCUCGAAUCAAGGUGAUGCUUGUGAAGCAGCACCAUUGCCACCACCCCCGACCAAUAGCCAAGAUUCUUCUGAAUGGAUAUCACAACACGUGGGUCUGUCCAGCGACCAAGAUCCCUUCGUGUUGCGGCACGCCAACUUCAACGAAUCGGAUUACUACAAGAGUGGAGACUGGGCUUGCUUGAUGCUGCAACGUAACAGCAGGAUUCCAUCUCUCUUCACAGCCCAGCCAGACAGCUCUCUCAACCCCAGGUCGUCUUACUAUCCGCCAAGCUCGCUGUUGGACGCAGCAUACCCGCUGCAUCACGACUUAUUGUCAACCUAUUUCGAGGUCGUGCACCCUUCCUUUCCCUUGCUAGAUCCAGCACGAUUCGUCAAAGGCAACAAGAUCGAUUUGCUUCUGUUGGCGGCAAUGUAUAUCUUAGCACAGCCACUCUGUCCACCGGCUGCGGGUCUGUCCAUUGCAUCAAUCGAUGCAUUCGUCUCGCAAGCUCUUCCAGUUGAAGCCCGGACGCCACGGCUUGACACCAUAGAAGCUGCACUCCUGUUCCUUCAGCGCUGUGAUCGCGUCCGUCAUUCUCCUGGAACGGCUGGUGUCCAUGCAGAGAUUGGGACUCUGGUCGCGAUGUGCUAUGAUGCGGGUCUCCACGUAGACUCAGCACAGUGGAACUUGUCCUCUACAGAUCGCAAUCGACGGAAGAGGAUCUGGUCGGCCGCGUACAUCUUCGACCAGUGGGUAGCAUUAGGCCUCGGACGGCCGCCAUUCAUACACGAAGCUUCUUUCGAUAUGGCUUUGCUCACGCCCGGGGAGAUUUCAUCUGUUACUGUGAAUCAAGCUGUGUUGCCUGGAACGAGUGCGCAAAUGUUCGUGGCCAUGGUUGCUAUGACGAAGAUACUUGCCGAAGUCUUGACGAUGUUCUACACGCUGAAAGCUGCGCAACAAAUGACCAAGACAUCGCCCACUGAGCUGUCAAGUAUGAAGGCUCAUUUUGAGCAACAGCUCCUUGACCUCCGUACACGGUGCCUCGCACCACCGGAACAUAUUGCUAAUCUAGUUCUCGACCCUACUGGCACAUUAGAUCUUGCGUUUUACACCAUCGAAGUUGUGCUGUAUCGGGCAUUGUUGCGGUGCCUCCCGCCCACCGAACCACUCUGGGAGCAUGUCCGCACUCAGUCCAGGCAAUGUGUUAUCGCCAUCUCCAAGUUGCUCGAGAAUCUACAGGUGACUAGACUGCGGGCUUUCUGGUGGUCGCCAAUCUCGCAGCUCAACUUUGCGAUGGCAGGCGGUUUCAUGUUUUCUGUGCUGCACGCCUCAAGCUCUGACGAUGACAUACAGUUCUGGUCAUCUGAGAUCACUCGCUAUCGAAGACUACUGGACAUGCAAAGCCAUUCGUUCGAUACCACGAAAUAUGCUGUUGGAAGGAUGAGCACUUUGGCCCAUGUGACUUCGAGUGGCCCGUCUCAAACCUCUGGAGACGCAGUCGUUGAUCCAAAGCAAGCUUUCUGUCGGGAUUUUGGUGUCGAGCUCAAUACUCUUUGA